GUGUUUCAUAUCUGAGAAGGAAGAUUGGGGUGAAGUUGUCAGCCUGGCAGGAAACAAAGGCAGCAGGAAAUGGAGAAACAGGGAAGGAUCCGGGCAGCAUCCCACAGGAGGCUGGGGCUACAAUCUAGCACGUGGCAGUCACUCUCUCCAGCAACAUUUAGCUCUUCAGAUCCAGGCACAGGGCAAGAGGGUCAGACUCAAACCCGGGUGAGAGACCUGUUCACAAGUGCCCACAAGGACUGCCCCAUGCCCCAGGGCACGGACCCCUUGAACCCAGACCUGCCCUCGGGCCACACUCCCACCGUGGCUGUAGACCAUGUCACUGGCAAGGACAAACAGAUGGAUUUCUGUUGGGAUCCUUGGCAGAGGUGCUUCCAGACCACCAACGGCUACCUGUCCGACUCCAGGUCCUGCCCCAGCAACUACAACGUGGCAGCCCUGGCCACCUCGUCCCUUGUGGGGGUGGUGCAGAGCAUCAAGGACCACAUCACAAAGCCCACGGCCAUGGCCCGAGGCCGAGUGGCCCACCUCAUCGAGUGGAAGGGCUGGAGUGCCCAACGGGCGGGCUGGGAGCUGUCCCCAGCUGAGGACGAGCAUUACUGCUGCCUCCCGGACGAGCUGCGUGAGGCCCGCUUUGCUGCAGGGGUCGCUGAGCAGUUUGCCAUCACAGAGGCCACAUUGAGCGCUUGGUCCUCGCUGGACGACGAGGAACUGCACCCCGAGAACAGCCCCCAGGGCAUCGUCCAGCUCCAAGAUCUGGAGAGCAUCUACCUUCAGGACAGCCUUCCCAGUGGCCCCUCGCAGGAUGACAGCCUUCAGGCCUUCUCCUCGUCCAGCCUCUCCCCUGACAGCUGUCCCUCACUGGAGGAGCCCCCCAGCACCGCUGGCAUCCCGCAGCCCCCCAGCCCAGAGCUGCAGCAUCGGCGGCGGCGGCCCGGGCACCAAGGACCCGAGGAUGGGACGCACCUACCAGGAUCCCUUCCCUCCGUGGACAGCGGUUCCCUCUGGGAGGAGGAGGACGAGGUGUUCUAUAACUGAGGCGGGGGCCGUGCUGGUCAGGCACCUGCUCACACCAUGACGUCGCCUGGUGGGCAGUCCAGGCAAAUCUGGAUCCCGGGGUCCAGGGCAGGGCAUCUCUUGACACCUCGGGUAGGCACAGGGCAGGUGUGGCAGGGAUGGGGCCAGCGCUCAUCAUGGCCUCUCUGUGCCUCGGCAGACCUGCCCCAGCAGUGGCAGCCAUAACCCCUCCCCCCUCAUUACUUCACUCAGGUGGGCACCUUCCCCUGCAGGGUGUCUGCCCUCAGGGAACUCAAGGACUCUCAGAGACACCAGGGCAGCCUGGCCCAGAGGAGCAACAGCCAGGCCCCCAGGAGGACAGCCAUGGAGAGAACUGAGACCCACUUAGAGGGGAGUCUGGGAACUCUGCCUGUACCUGGGGCUCAGUCCCUCCCCACUCUAUCUGUGUGUCUACCCCCAAGCAAAAGUGGGGUGGCCACUUCUGGUAGCUAAGCACCUGCUCCCCGGCUGUCCUCACCAGGACAUCUGUCUCUCUGGAGUGUUUGUCUGUCUGUCCCUCCCUCUCUGAACCUGCUUCCUCGGUGUCCCCUGCUCCUCGCCCCCGGGAGCCCACUCUCGUUCCUUGCAGCUCCCUCCCAUCUCACUCAAGGUUCUCUGAGGACAUUAAAGUGGUCGAUUCACUCUGGA